AACAAUAGUAAUAUUCAGUGGAAAAAGAAAAUCAGUAGAGAAGUCCCUACAAGAAUCCCAAUUCUCGUCGGAGAUUUCUAAGUAAAACCCUAGAACAAAAACCACACACACAUAUAAAUAUUUAAUAAUAUUAUCUAUCACUCGUGUGGUGUCCUCUCUGUCUUCAUUCUCUCUUCACUCUGAUCUGAGAUUUUGAUUCUGCUAAAUCAUCUUCUCCCAAGCAGAGAGAUGGGAAUGGAAUCACAUGCUCCAUUGGCGGAUCCACACAUUGUUGGGAAUGCGUUUGUUCAGAAAUACUACAACCACUUGUACGAAUCACCAGCACAAGUGCAUAGGUUCUAUCUUGAGGAUAGUGUUUUAGGGCGACCUGGUUCUGAUGGAGAGAUGGUUUCUGUCAGCUCCUUAAAAGCUAUAAAUGAGCAGAUCAUGUCCUUUGAUUACGAGAACACAAAGAUUCAGAUUUUGACUGCUGACUCCCAAGCUUCUUACAAGAGUGGAGUUGUUACUUUAGUCACUGGUUUACUCACCGUGAAAGAUGGGGGAAGGAUGAGGUUUUCUCAGUCUUUUUUCCUCGUGCCUCAGAAAGGAAGCUACUUUGUGCUCAACGAUGUCUUUAGGUAUGUCUCUGAUGAGCUUGUUGUUAGCCACCAAGAAGAAGUCCAGGAGGUGGUUACUCAAGUAGUCCAAACAACAACAAAAGACACGAUCUUGGAGCCGGCAAGUGAAGUUGCAGAGCCAGUUACGACCAUCCUUACUCAACAGGCAACUGAAACUUUGGCGAAGGAACCAGAAAGAGCUGGACAUCCUAAAACACAAGAGGAAAACGUUGUGGAUGCUCCUAAGAAAUCAUUUGCAGUAAUUGUCCAGUCCCCGGCCAAAGUUGGUGUCAAAGCUUCUUCUCCUGCAAAGCCUAGGCCUGUUAAGAAGCCUAGCGCUGCUCCUGAAUCCAAAGCUCCUCCCCAACACUCUUCUGCUGAAGCAAUCAACCAAUCAGCAGAGGGUGGUUCCAUAUUUGUUGCGAACUUGCCUAUGGAUGCGACACCUGAGCAACUCAAUGAAACAUUCAAAGGGUUUGGUGCCAUUAGGAAAGAUUCUAUCCAAGUUAGAAGUUACAGGCUGAAGGGAAACUGUUUCGGCUUUGUGACAUUCGAAUCUGCUGAAGCUGUGAAACUGGUCCUCCAGGCUCACAAGGAGUCAGCCAUAAGAAUCGGAAACAGAAGAGUUUCUAUAGAAGAGAAACGAGGCAACAACGAGAAUGGUAGGUCCUCAAUGAGAAACGACGGGUUUAGUAGGCCUCGGGGCCAUGGAAGAAAUGUAUAUGAGAGACGGGGAGAAUCACGCAAUGGUGAGGCCAAUAACGAUGGUGAUGGCAGCAGAGCUUAUCAGAACGGUUUGGUGAAUGCUAACCGUGAAAAUGCUCAAGCCAGAGGCUAAAAGAGAGUUUUAAAACUCUCUUGUUGUUGUUGCUGCUGCAUUGUUCAUUUGAAAUUAAGAAUCUGAAAGUUUUAUAGGAAGAGAGGGAGAGAUUAGAAGUUUUGUUGGAGUUGGUUUCAUCUCUCUAUUAGGCGAUAUACUACUCUUUUCAUUUUGAGAUUUUGUUUUCUAAUAUGUUUCUAAUUCAGUAAGCUUUAUUUUGGA